AUGGCGUCGGACGGAGAUGCUACCACCAAGCCCAAGGUGUGGACGACCUUGAUCACCAACACCGCAUACCUCUCCGGUCUCCUCACGCUGGAUGCAUCACUCAAGUUUGCAGGAUCGAAAUAUCCUCUGGUCGCCUUGUACACCGACACCUUCCCAGCUGAGGGACAUGCUGCGCUGGAUGCCCGGAACAUUCCCAAGAAGCGGGUCGAAUACCUACUCCCCAAGAUGCAGAAAGACUUCAGCAGCGACCCUCGCUUCUACGACUGCUGGUCUAAACUGACGCCCUUUAACCUGACCGAGUACGAACGUGUGGUGCAACUCGACAGCGACAUGCUGGUCCUCCAGAACAUGGACGAGCUCAUGGAUGUUCCUCUCGACCCGGCCUCCGCAGCCGGCACCGGCCCUCGCGUGUUUGCUGCCAGCCACGCAUGCGUCUGCAACCCGCUCAAGAAACCUCACUACCCGGCCGACUGGACUCCCGCAAACUGCGCCUUCACCACCCAGCAUGACACGCCGGACGCAGCACAGGAGAACGGCGCGCACUCGGCCACCGGUCUCGGCAUGCCCAACGGCGGUCUACAAGUCGUCGUGCCCAGCGCGGCCGUAUACGAUCUGAUCCUCGCACGUCUCCAGGACGAGACCAUCAUGCAGUACGACUUUGCCGACCAGAGUCUGCUCGGCGACGUCUUCCACGGCCGCUGGGUGGCGCUGCCGUACACGUACAACGCCCUCAAGACGCUGCGCUGGAAAGGCGUGCAUGACCCCAUCUGGCGCGACGAGCGGGUGAAGAAUGUCCACUAUAUCCUCUCCCCAAAACCGUGGGAUGAGUCUGAGGCGGAUCGGAAGAAGGAUGGUCGGGAUGGCAGUCAUCAGUGGUGGUGGGAUUUCAACGAUCGCCGGUUAGCGCAGGAGAAGGCUAAGGGAAUUGAGGAUGAGUUUUGA